GACUUGCUGACGUUAGUGUCCGGCAGCUGCCCUUAAGAACCCUGGGCUGAUCUUUGACCUGAAGAAACUGGGACACCUGUCCUGUCCUGUCCUGUCCCCACCUAGUGUGCCUGCCACUGCUUCAGCUUGUGGAUGCCCGGUCAGCGUCUGCCCAGUGCAGGGGCGCUCCUCACAGGCCAGCCUCACUCCCAGAAGCACUCAGACUCACACAAUGGCAGCCCUGCACACAACACCUGACUCUCCGGCCGGCCAGCUGGAAAGGGCGGAGAAUGUGGUUGAAUGCCACUCUGACCAGGCAGAGGAGGUGGAUGAGGAAGAGGAGGAAGAGGAGGAAGAGGAGGAGGAAGAAGAAAUAGUGGUAGAAGAGGAAGAAGAGGAAGAGGCAGAGGUGGAAGAAGUGGUGGUCGAGGUGCAGAGCCCAGUGGCAGGACCCCAGGAGCCGCUGAGCAGAGGCGGGAAAGCCCAGCCCUCAGGCCUUCAAGAAAAGGCCCUUCCAACUCCCCGGGCCCCAGCCCUUUCUGAGGAUGAUGAGGCUCUGGCGGCAGAGGAGGAGGAGGAGGAGGAAGAGGAAGAAGCCGAUGAGGAAGAGGAAGAAGACGAGGAGGAAGAGGCUGAGAAUGAUUUCCUAAUAGCUGGGUCCCAGGGGCUGGUGACCUUUGAGGACGUGGCUGUAUACUUCUCACUGGAGGAGUGGGACAGGCUGGAGAAGGGCCAGCGGGACCUCUACAGGGACGUCAUGCAGGAGAACUAUGGCCUCCUGGUGUCACUGGGGUACCCUGUCCCCAAGCCGGAUCUGAUCUCCCGCCUGGAACAAGGGGAAGAGCCGUGGGUCCCGGACAGUCCCCGGCCAGAAGAGGGAGAUAUCGUUACCGGCGUGUACACAGGCGCCUGGUACUGGACUGAUGACAUGGAGGACCACGAGGAGGAGGACGACGACGAGGACUUUCUGGCGGAGAUGGCCGAGGAGGAGAACGAGCCCCCUGGGAUGUGGUCAGCGGCCUACGGCGUGGGGGAUGUGCCGGGGAGAUGGGGCCCUGAUGACUCUGAUUCGGUGCAGACCCUCGAGGGGUGGGUGCCUGACUCAGGGGACCUUAGGAUCUUGGCGGAUGGAACUGAGGCGAAGCCCUUCCUGGCGGACCAGGAGGCGGAUGCAAGCCUGCUGGAACCCUGGGCCUUCCCGGCCGCCCUGGCAGCGCCGCCUGAGGGGACCGAGGCCACGUGUGACGUGUGCGGCAAGAUGUUCCCGCACCGCUCUCGGCUGGCCAAGCACCAGCGCUACCACGCCGCCGUGAAGCCCUUCGGCUGCGACGAGUGCGGCAAGGGCUUCGUGUACCGCUCGCACCUGGCCAUCCACCAGCGCACGCACACCGGCGAGAAGCCCUUCCCGUGCCCGGACUGCGGCAAGCGCUUCGUGUACAAGUCGCACCUGGUGACGCACCGCCGCAUCCACACAGGCGAGCGGCCUUACCGCUGCGCCUUCUGCGGUGCAGGCUUCGGCCGCCGCUCCUACCUGGUCACGCACCAGCGCACCCACACCGGCGAGCGGCCCUACCCUUGCCCGCACUGUGGCCGCAGCUUCAGCCAGAGCUCGGCGCUGGCACGCCACCAGGCCGUCCACACCGCUGACCGGCCGCACUGCUGCUCCGACUGUGGCCAGACCUUCCGUCUCCGCGCGGACUUCCAGCGCCACCGGCGCAGUGGGGGCUGCACAGAGCCUGGGGCUGAUGAACCGAGGCCGGAGCACGGUGACACAGCCGGGCCACCGGGACCAAAGGAUCCUGAGGCGGAGCCUGAACCGGAGCCUGAGCCCGACCCCGACCCCGACCCCGAGCCUGAGCCCGAGCCCGAGCCCGAGCCGGAGGAACCCGAGGCCAAGGAGGCCAGCAGAGAUGGAGACGAGGACAGCGAGACGCCCGAGAUACCGACUAGCCCCGUGCGCAGAGAGGUUGCGGAGCCAGUGCGGCAGGGCCUGGAGCUGGGGAAUGGCCUGGGUGACGGCGAAGGCCCGUCCUCCCGCCCGCUCGGCUUCCCCUUCCCCAUGCACCCCAAGUCCUGGCUGCACCCCGACGGCUUCCCCAUGCUGGGUCUCCCGGGCUUCAGAGAGAGGCUGCCGGCUGACGCACGCGCCCUGCCGGGUUCCCUGGGUGGCCCACUGUCGUUGGUGGAAGGCGCGGGGUUGGCCUGUGACCCUUUCGGAGGCGGCAGUGGCCCAGGGAGUGGUGGCGGUGGUCUGCGUGCCUUCGGGCCAGCGGUCGGGGGGCUCCUGGCCGAACCUGCGCCGGCCGCUCUGCCGGAGGACGAAAGCCCGUGGAUCUGCUCUGACUGCGGCAAGACAUUUGGGCGCCGUGCAGCCCUGGCCAAGCACCAACGCUACCACGCAGGCGAGCGGCCACACCGCUGCGCCGACUGCGGCAAGAGCUUCGUGUACGGCUCUCACCUGGCGCGCCACCGGCGCACGCACACGGGUGAGCGGCCCUUCCCGUGCCCAGAGUGCGGCGCGCGCUUUGCCCGCGGCUCGCACCUGGCGGCGCACGUGCGCGGCCACACCGGCGAGAAGCCCUUCGUGUGCGGGGUGUGCGGGGCGGGCUUCAGCCGCCGCGCGCACCUGACUGCGCACGGCCGCGCGCACACCGGCGAGCGACCCUACGCCUGCGGCGAGUGCGGCCGGCGCUUCGGGCAGAGCGCGGCGCUGACCCGGCACCAGUGGGCGCACGCCGAGGAGAAGCCGCACCGCUGCCCGGACUGUGGUAAGGGCUUCGGCCACAGCUCGGACUUCAAGCGGCACCGCCGCACGCACACUGGUGAGAAGCCCUUCCGCUGUGCGGACUGCGGCCGCGGCUUCGCGCAGCGCUCCAACCUGGCCAAGCACCGGCGCGGCCACACGGGCGAGCGGCCCUUUCCGUGCCCCGAGUGCGGCAAGCGCUUCUCGCAGCGCUCCGUGCUGGUCACACACCAGCGCACGCACACCGGCGAGAGGCCCUACGCCUGCGGCCACUGCGGCCGCCGCUUCUCGCAGAGCUCGCACCUGCUCACACACAUGAAGACGCAUCGCGGUGUGAUCGGCACCUCGGGCCAGCCGCCCGCACCCAAGGCCGAGGUGCGUGCCAAGGGCCUCGGACCCGGGCCGGCGGGGCCCAGCACGGGCACCGGGGAGCGUGGGGGCGCCUUGCGGGACUUCGCGGGCGGCACUAGCUUCGGCUCUGAGCCGCCGGCCACCUUCCCCGGGCCCUCGGACGCUUAUGAAGAGACCACCCUAUGAGGGGGCUGCAGGCCGACCGGGUACACCCGCAGGGCGAGGGCUCCGAGGGCCCAGUCCUGGGUGCCUUCCCCACGGCCCCCACUCUACAGCCUUGGGCUUAAUACCGCCUUGGUCCCCGAAAAGGCUGGGGCUCCUGAGGUGGCACAGCGGCAAGGCGGGGCUCCAGGAGAGAGGAGCAGUGGGCGCAGGAGGGAAGGGCAAGGGGGUGACCUUCCUAUGGCUGUGCCAAGGGCCUCAGAGGGCAUGGUGGGCGGUGGUCUUUUUACCCCAUCGGAGUGGGCAGCCAGGUGACUUAACGGGCUUUCCAGCGGGGGAGGAACACCCUUGCGUGGAGGGCACUAUAGGGUGGUUGAGGGCAGAGCCGACAUCUGGGGCCCCGGUGGCUUUGGAUGAUGGUCAUUUGAGGGCAUGGGGAAACGUUUUGAACCGCAGGGCUGGCGGAAGCCCAGCAGGUCCCCACGGCGCAUGCUUCCCCCUAGUGGGGGAGCGCAGAGGCGGGGCUAGGCGAGUUUUUAUGGUCACUGUCCACUGGGAGUCUUCUAUUUCAGUCUGGUGGGAGGAGCACAUGCCAGAAACCACAUUGGUGGGCCCAGGUAGAUGGGGUGCAGCUACUGCAGGGGAGUCGGUCACACCUCACGCAGCCACUUGGGCCCUGGGGUCAGCCAGAUGCUGAUCCUGGGGUGACUCCUGCAGAAAGAGGUGAGGCGGGUCACCUCAUCUUUACCCACUCCCCAUAAUUAGGGUCCCACGUCCUCGGCAGGUGCCCUGCACUCUGCUUUCCUGGUGCUCCUGUUUAGAUGCCAAUCUUACAAGUAGAGGACCGAGCCGCCAGGCGGCUUAUACCUCCUGGUGUGGCCCGAGCCCAUGGGCCAUAACCAAACGGAACCUCCAGCUAUGUGGGACAUCCCAGGAGCUGGAUGCCCCACCAGACCCCUCCCUCCAAGCUUUGGAGGGGUAGAACACAGCUGGAGCAGGGCCAUUCCCUGUUAGACAGUUCCUUCCGUUUAGUGUAGACAGGACCUGGGGGCAGAGGCAGCAGCCAGGCUGCAGGGGCUGGGGCCG